CUAGCAGUCUUCCGUACAGAGGCUGCAGUUUUGUUGACACUUUUUCCCUCUAUCAGCUGAUUGCCUACAAGUUAGCCGAGCAGCUCAACACAAACAAGCCGUCAGCAUGACAUUAACCCUCCGACACAAAUCACAAAUACUUCACACAUUUUUAGAGAAGUAGCAUUUUGGGAUGAGGAUUAUUUUCUAACCCGUCGCAGGAAACGGUAGCUGAUUUGCUGCUGCAGUUAGCCUGCCGAGCUACAGUGAACAGCUACUUAGCUAACAGGCUAAGUUAGCCUAUGUGAAACAAUGGAGGGGAUUCUGUACAAAUGGACGAAUUAUAUGACAGGCUGGCAGCCUCGCUGGUUCGUCUUAGAGAAUGGAGUCAUCUCUUAUUAUGACAGCGAGGAUGACGUUGGUAAAGGAAGCAAAGGAUCCAUCAAGAUGUCCGUGUGUGACAUUAAAGUCCAUCCAACAGAUCCGACACGUCUGGAGUUGAUAAUCCCCGGUGAGCAGCAUUUCUAUGUCCGAGCUGUGAAUGCUGCAGAGAGACAGAGGUGGCUGGUGGCUUUAGGCUCGUCCAAAGCUGGAACACUGGACAGCCACAAGCACAGAGGUCCAGACUGUCUGAAGACGAAGAUGUCUGAACUCCGUCUGUACUGCGACCUCCUCGUCCAGCAGGUCCAAACAAUCCAAUCACAGCACACGGCUGACACAGAGACCACGCCCACUUCUGAGGCCUCUCUCCUCAGUGCGACCUGUGCAACUUUUAUCAGGACUUUGGAGGAGUGUAUGACGCUGGCCCACCAGAGUUUGACCCCUGACCUCCGACCUCCUGAAAGGAUGAAGAGGUCAAUCAGUCACCCUGGAACAUACAGCUUCGACAGGUCAGGUGUGCUGAAGGAGUAUGUGAGUGGAAGUCAGAGGUCAUCCCAGCGCAGGAACCGGACAUGCUCUGACAGCUCUGUCUAUGAUACUGAACGUGUGCUGCCCAGUCUCAAUGGUGACCCGUCCUCCAUUCCUGAGGAGAGAGGAGGCAAUGCGAGCCCAAAGACCACACCCACUGACACAGACACUGACCUGUCCAUCUGACGACCUGACGUCCAACCAGACCCUGCAAAACCUUCUGGACUCUGUGAGAGGUCAAGAACAUGACAAGAUCAAUGUCAGUGACAGCUGAGAUACUGACAUCAUCCUCAUUAAAGCGAGGGUGAGUUGACUUCUUCCAGGAAUGUCCUUCUCAUGCUUUUUCUCUGAAGUCUGCCACUUGCCAAAUGUGCACUUUGGAAUCAUAAUUAAUUUUUUUUUUUAAGACUUUUUUUGAGUUGCUCAGUACACACUGGAGAUUCAGAAAAGGCAACAUGAGAGAGAGAUCUGAAAGUUGUUCCCAAGCUGGACUUGAACCUGAGACGUGUUAGUACAAAGCAUACAACGCUUUAACUUUUACCAGAAGCUCACAUCCUGGAAAAAUCUGUGAACGAACGAGUGAAUGAAAAAUACAGUUACUGCAGUUAACCCCAGUUAAACUAGUUGAUUGGUUAGUUGCAACCAAAUGAUAACUGUGAUGGUACUAGGCAGCUCCUUGGCAGAGUAUGAAUAUGAACAACUGUGAAUUCCUGUUUUCUGGGCAGUUAAGAUGCCAGGGUUGAUUGUUCACUGCUUUAAAUGGACCUGAGAAUAUACAGGGAAUCUUGAAUUUUGGAGAUCAUGUUGGGACAUCAAAAUCCAGCAACCGUGCCACAAAAGCAUCUUCUCGUACAGUAUUUUUGGCCUUUUCCACUUAUUCAAGAACUUUCCCUGGAGCGUCUUCACCAUUCUUCUUCCAGGCUUCCACAGUCGUGCUUACCUACCGAAAGCUAGGUCAAAACGGAGAACUCUGUUCCUCUUCCUGUGAGUGUAGCCAAGGACGAACUGGACUGAGGAACCAUGUCUGUGCAGGUUCUUGAAGCCAGUUUAUCUCUGUUGCAGUUUCCAGACACAGGGAGCUGAGGAGCUUGGGUCUUCAGAUGCCAAAGUAUGCACAAAUGCAGUGAUCUACAUUAAAUGUGCCAUUGUUCUUUUUUUCUAGCAAAACUCCUUGUCUGUAGUUCAGCUGGUCAUAGAACGGACCUUUGGUCUUUGAAACUGGGACAAAGAGGAAGAGAAGACUCCAGUUACAUCUGCAGCUAUCUCCUUGAGGAGUUUGCACCUUCUCCUUGUAUUUGUUUCUGCUGGAUUGUUUUUUUCACCUGCACUCCAAAGACAAGUCUGAUCAGGUGAAUGGAGUCUGUAAAUUACAGAUAGACAUGAAUGUGUGCAAGUUACUGCCUUUCAAUGUUUGCUUGCCUUUUGGUGAAUUCCAUCCAAAUGUGACUGACAGAAUAAGUAUGGUGGCCCAGGAAGCUCAACACGCACUGCAACUUAAGAAAACACAUACAAGUAAACAAAACACAAGAAAAGGAAGAAACCUUCUGCAAUAAUAUGGCAACACAUGAACAACAUGACAUUGCAGAGAUGUCCAACAGCAGCAAAUUUAGAAACACAUUGACCGGUUUGACGGCCUAUGGAAGCACACUGCAAGUACAAACAACCAAAUACAGAAAAGCAGUGAAAUUAACUGAAAUUUCCAAUUCAGAUAUUUGUGUGUAACAAAUAUCUAAACCUGUAUCUGUUUCACACCAAGUUGUGGAGUAAGAAACUAUAAGAACCACAACCAUAGGACCAACUCCUCUGCCUGGACGUGUUCAUCAGGUUUUAGUGUCUCCUGGACACUUUUCUUUGUUCGGAAGUUAGAGCAUUUUUGUGUUUGAUUUUGUUGUGACAUUUCAGUCUAUAGCAUGUUCCUGUAUUUGGUUCUUUUGCGUGAGCGUGAUUGUAUUGCAUGUUUUGUUAUAGGAAAAUUUUCCUUCAUGGUUUAUCAAUUUGCAUGUUAUUUUCUUACGUUGCAGUGCACUGAGCUCUAAGGGUCAACAUAAAUGAGUUUAAAGUGAGUGAGUGAAUGACAGGGAGUUCAGAUGAUGCCUUUUGCAAAUGCAAUUUCUUUGCAAAAUGUUGCCUUCCCCUGUCAGUUACUGUCUAGGAGCUGCAUUGUCCUCUGCCAAAGCAAACUUUAUUUUUGUGCUAUAUCUAUAACUGCCUCUACUCUUGUGUGACAGGAGCACAGAAUCAGUAUUCACCACUAAGACUGACACUUUCUGAUAAGGCAGUUAAGUAGUAGUUAAUACCUUUAUUAAAGUUUAGGUUGCCAGGUUGUGGAAGAUGCUUUUCUUUUUAGCUCUCUAAUUCUUUUACUCAUGAUUUUUAGACGUUUAAAUUGACUUGACUUGAUUCUGGGAAAGUGCUGCAGCACAAAUGGACCAAAAACGCACUUGAUGAUUGAAUGGAUUUUUGUGAGAACUCUUUCUGACUUUAUAUGAUUUCUCGACAUUUAUAACAGUAACUGACUAACUUUUACAGCACUUUUCCAGAAAACAAGGGGUCAAACAAUCCAGUGGAGAGGCCUGCCUAAUGAAAAAAGACAAGUAAAAGUUGUGCUGACUGGAGGAGCUUUUUCCACAACCUAGCAACCCUGAAGUUGUUCUUAGUAAAGAGUUAUCACUGAUCUAUAAAACAUUAGUAAAUGAUGUAUUAACAAUUGAUAAAGCAAUUAAUUACAGCUCAUAAGCCUUUAUAAAUGUGGCCUUAUCAGGAAGUAGUACCCUGCUAAAAAAAAAUACAUUAAGAAAAUCUUUAGAAAAAUCAGUCUCAGUGUAAACAAAAAUAACAAAUGUAGCUUUAAGGGAGAACUGACUGACAUCUAGUAAAUCCAAGCAGUGAAAACACUAACAGAUGUCAUCGAACUUAGCUUAACACUUGAGAUUCUAAUCACCUGUCAUGAUGAGUCUCCUCUAAAGUCACCUGCUUUGCUGUUCAAACACAUGCAAAAGACGUCAUCUGAACAAAGUUCAAAGUAAACAAUCGUGAAGUAAACAAUCGUCCACAGCGACUAAUACAGACUGCAUUUUAUAGAAAGAAUGAACCAAUGAGAAUCUCUGAAGGAUUACACUGACCUUAUUUCUGUUUCUUGUGGAGAGAGACGUACUGGUGUUUUUGCAGUGGAGUAAAGCCGGGCCAUGGACCUUCACCUAUGAACCCGUUCACUCCUUCUCACUCCUUCAGCCUUGGCCAAAAACACAUUUGAUGUAUUUUUAUUUACCUUAAAGACACCUUAAUAUUAACAUACAAAUGGCAAAUGUUGUAGAUUUAUGUCCAAACAGACAAAACUUUCAAAAAGUCAGCAGUUUCUGUUAUUUCACAAUCAGUUAAUUUGAGAGUAACAUGAAUUCAGUUGCACCAUAACCUUACAGUAAGUUUUCCCCAACGUGCAGUGUGUAGGUGUGGUAGUUUUGCACUUAAGAGUUGAAACCAGUCCUUUUUUUGAAUGUUUGUGCUCUGAAAAAAGGAUGACAGUGACAAAGGUACUGUGAUGGAUAAUAGUGAUGAUGAUUGUGAAACUGAUGUUAAUGUUGUUUUUUAAUGAACAGUUUUUGUUUCUAGUUUGUGUCUUAUUUUGAAAGGAUGUUUUGGCGUUGCUGCAGCCUUAUAUAUUACAGUAACAGUAUGUAAACGUACAAGACUUCCUUCUUUCAUUACUUUUACCAAAAUGUGUGUUCAGUAUUUGCCAUGAGCGCACUGAAACUGUUGAUCCUCCUGCGUUAUCUCGACUUUCCCUUCACUUUCUGGAAAUACUGUGAAGAAAUGUUUCUCCUGAGGCCUCCGCUCGUUUCCAGGAAAACAACAAGAGUUCAGUCUGUAAUCAGAGCUGCAGACAGACAGUUUUAAUUUUCCACGCAUGUUGGCUCCAUGUUCUGGUGCUGAUGUCAGAUAACUUGUGAUUUUAUUAUUAUUUAUAACGGCAUGGUAGCUUUACAUAUUUUAUCUUUACAUGAUUAUUUGUAUUCCUGCUUCCAAUUAUUUUAUUUUACUGAAGCAUAAGAUGGAUUUUGUAGUUAAAGCACUCACAGGAGCUUGUAAAGCAGUUUAAAACAGUUAAUAAUUAAUUGGUUAGACUACAACAGGGGAAGCUGAUCAAAACACAGUGAACAUUUGCUGUAAAAUACCUCCAUAUAUAAAUUAUUUUAAGAUUUUUCAGCAACUUUUGAAGAAAAUAUAUAAGAGCUUAUAAUUGUGAGUGUGUUUUUUGUCAGUUAUUACACCCCUCAUUAUGAUUUUGACUCAACAGCAGCAUAAGAUUCACAUUGGAUAAACUGUCUCUUUAAAGGAAUAGCAGGAAAAGGAGAAGCAACAUUUUUGGGAAAUACACUUGUUUGCUUUCUUGGCAAGAGGAGACUGAUGCUAUUCUCAUAUUUGUCCAGUAUCAGACUUCUCAUCUGACUCUUGGCAAGAAAGCAAAUCAUCUCUCAAAAUGUUCAGAUGUUACUUUAAGGCCUUGGUGAACCCAAACAGCUCGGCCUCUUGUUUAGUGGAGGAAGGGAGGAAGACAGGUAACUGAAUUAUACUGCUGAAUUAUGACUGAGCAUUUUUUCCCCCCUUAAUCAUGGAUGAUUUUAUUGACAGCUUUUUCAGUUUGGCCAAACCAGCGGAGAGAUUUUCAUGCCUUAAGUGUCUCUGCACGAAGUGACGUGUGUGGUUGUAUCUGACUUUUCAUUGUCGAAAUAAAAAAAAAUACAUAUUUUAAACUGAA